AACACCUCUUUGUUGAUCAGAGCAGGGACACUUUAUCACCACUAUGUCCAUCUACUGCUGGAUGAAGGCCUUCCCAUGUCAUGUCAGUUAUAAUGAUUGUUUGACCAUAUUUCACACGGAGACAAUGCAUUUACACUUUAAAUAAUAGAUGCAAAGAGGUAAAAAAGCAAACCUUGUAAUAUCUCAUCUAAAAAGUAAGGCAUGUUGUGGUUUUGAUAUAUUUUUAUGAAAUAAACUCAGUGUUGACUAAAACAAAACCUAAGUCAUAAAUUUGUGUUGACCGUGUUUUCAUCACACCGCCACGCAUAAUAACAAAUUUCAAGAGGGUGAUUGUGAUGUUUUAUAUUCCCAAUUGAAAAUUUAAUGAUAAUAAUAAUCACACAAGUAUGAAUAUUUUAGUUGAUGCCACUCGACGCGAAAUAUCGAAAGUAACAUCAUUUGGAAUUUCUAUUUUUUUCAGAGUCUUGGCAGCGCACGCUACUCGUCGGUUAUUUGUGAUUUAAAGACAAAGGGACCUGCGGCAUUAUCGCACGCGAACACAUCACCCAACACAAAUACCUGCGGAGUAGAGUCAACCCCAACGUUACUACAGGGAAUACCGGGUAUGAAGGCACGCGACCCUCCCUUCGUUUAACGUUACACAGGAAAGUAAACGAUUGUCCUGUUUGCCGUGUUCUGAAACAUCAGCUUCAAAGUCUACAGCAACGGUUGCUGGGAUAAGACCUCAAGUAAUCAAACGCUUUUCAUUGUCCCUGUGUCCUGCAUGUUUUUGGCCUUCUCGGUUUAACGGUCACCACCGACAACUAUUGCGAAUGACCCAUAAGCCUUAACAAACAAAACAAGUCUAUCUUACAAAUAAUCCUUCGGAGCAUAUCGACGCUCGUUAGGAUUUACGAUUGAUUGACUCCAACCACCUCGCAGACACGCACCAAGCAACCAGCAUGACAACCGGUGAGGCUCUGUAAGUUUUAGUUUCCGGCGGAAAAAAAAAGAAAACAACCCCCGAUAACACCACGACCCGCGUCGGAAAAUGCAAGCCGAUAAACUCCACAAGAGCUCCAACCCGUACGCCAUCGACGUGCUGCAGCUGCGCAAGGAUGACCUCUGCGCGGACAUCCUCAACACGGAGCUCCUGCUCAGGCUGUUGGUGGAACACGGCGCUCUGAGCUACCACCAGCACGCCGCCCUGGCGCUGCUUGAGUCGCGCCGCGAAUGCAACGCCAGCAUGCUGGAGAUGGUGGCGCGCUCCGGCGAGCGGGCGUGCCGUCUCUUCUUCAACCCGUGCCUCAAGCGUGCAGAGCCCGAGGUGUACCUGGACAUCAGGCGCCACGUUGCAGAGGUGUCGACGAAGGUGGGCGACAGCCAGCGCCAGCUCAUCGGCUACCUGCUCGAGAUGGACGGCUGCGAGCUGGGGGACGUCAACAAGGGCGGCGGCCAGCCGAAGAAGAGCGGCGUCAAGGCCAAAGUGGAACCCGUAAAGGCCAAGCCCACGCAGCCGGCGGCGACCGUGACCGCGGCGAGCGUGCUGAAGGCCGCCGUCGACGGCGACGUGGACCACAUCCAAAAGGCGCGGACGGCGAACUUCAACUUGAACGUGGUCAACAGGAACAGGGAGGGGCCACUCCACUUGGCCGCGGCGCAGGGUCACGCCAAGGUCGUGGCGGCGCUGCUCAAGGCAGGCGUCAACGUGAACGCGAGGGACGCCAGCGGCAAGGCUCCGAUUCACGCGGCGACGCGCAACGGGCACGGCGACGUGGUCAAGCUCCUGCUGGACGCCGGGGCCGACGUCGUCGGAUCGAAGGCUUCGGCAAAGUCGACGCCGAAGAACGGCGGCAGCAGCAGCUCGUGCUGCUCGUGUUGCUGGGAAUAAAGUGCGGCAUGGGAUUUGGAGGCGCCGACGAUGCUCGCUGCUGCUGCUGCUGCUGCAAAUGCCUUGUGUGCGUUGUUGCACGAUUGUUCUGUUGUGAUGGAUUUUUGUUGUGGUCGUUUUUUUUUGCCAAUGUUAUUCUUUGUUGGCAUUAGCCAAGCUGAUGGGCCAUCAUAGUGUGGCAGUGCGGUCUUCGCGAAUACGGUAUCCGGUGGUAUACUCUGCAGCAGUGAGCAUUUGGGUGACAAUACUGCACUAUGCUGAUGAGUUCUAAGGAGGAUGAAACCGGGCCACAGUUGUUUAUCACUGAAUCACUGCUGCCUAUCAGUCAGUCAGAAGUUGCUCAAAUGUAUUGUGUUGGUGGCCUCAGACAAGAGAACCAGAAUGUACUUCUUCAUGAAAUGCUUCCCAUGGUUUUUGCAUAAUGCACAAAGGCCGAGUGCUUUUUUAAAUACUUCUGUUAUCGUUUGAAAACUUCUGGUAGCUGCGAUAUUCACGAUAUGAUACGGUAUGUAACGUUUCACGGUGACAAUUAUCGUUUUUUAUAAUUCCCCCGAUAACUUUGCAAUUGCAUUUCGCGUCGUCUCGAUUUCACGCUUUGAUGCACUUUAAAUGGGAAUAAAAAUCGCUUCAACUUGUUCUUACUGUAGCGUGCACUGAACAUAAGCCCGACACGAGAGUUGCUACAGUAUAGGAUUACCAUUGAGUAGUCACCAAUGCAGCAGUAACCGCAUGAAAAACCCGUAAAAAACGGUAAUAUUUAAAGUAUAAAUGUCUCGCAAUCAUGGUAACAUUGUAAUAUUCUCCUCGUUGACAAACGAUGCGAGCUGCCGUGUUUGUAAUGGUUACCAGCACCCUGGACGUGCAAUAAAGGUCUAGAUACUAUCUCCCGGCGCGGCAGCUGUAACAAUGGAGCGAGUUUAAUACAUCUCCCCCCGCCAGCCUCUCCAUCCAGCCGUGUAAAUGAAACGUAUUUGUGACGUUAUAUCAAACGUUAGUUGUUAAUACUGGAUUGUCUAGCAGCACGAAGAGACUGUAACUACUUGGCGAAGAGAUCGGAGAAUCUGAAUUUGAAUCAUUAUACCGAAAAUGAGCUCUGAAGUUAUUGUUUUCACAGGCUAGCUUUACUACCCGGCUUCGCCCGGGACUUGGAUUUACCACGCCCGGCCGCC